CUCUUACUUCCGUGCUGCUUAUUCAAGCUACAAAGAAAAGGUGAGUCUAUUCUGUUCCUCUCCUCACUUUCGGAGACUGGGUUGUUGAUGCCGCCGCAGUGAUGUGGCAUCGUUCAUCGUUCGCACAUCGUCAAGAUUGUUCGCGCUCGAAGGCAUUGUUGUGGUUCUUUGAUGCGAUUAUCCUUUUGUGAUGCUGGUGUGAAUUCACCACUUCAGUCGCGAGAGACGACCAACAGAAGUCGAUGGUACGUGUCCUCGUCGAACAAAUGUUUUGUCUUUGCGAACGUCCCGCAAACCUCCGCGUACCCAGGCCCCCUAGACUACACGAUGGCGCAGACGGACCGCAAGGCGCUGGUUGCCCUAUACAACGCGACCGGUCGGGCUAAGUGGGAGUACACGCGAAACUGGAACACUAGCGCCGCCCUCUCGCAAUGGCACGGAGUCGAAGUCAACUGCCAGGGCCGCGUGGUGAAGUUAUCUCUGGGUGGCAACAACUUGUGA